UUCACGCUCACACCAUUCAAACAUUCAAACUUCUCAAGCACUCGCUCUACUUCAGAGUUCGAAUAGCACACAACGACUCUUACGACUGAUUCUGUCUACAUCACCAAUCUUGUUCAACAAUACAUUCAUUCUAAUCUUUCCGUUCGCGAAGCCUCAACACAAUCCCCGAACAUUACUAUCACUACCUCGACAUGGCUCCUCCACCAAGUUUGGAAGCGAAAGGCCACGAGUUGAGAAUCGGCUGCGAGAUUGAGACACUCGUGUCUCUGGUGACUGAUGACUCGCUUAAAUCAUCCGAUAUUCAACUGCCUAAGGAUAGCAGACACGCUGCUCAGCUGAUAUGCAAAGGGUACAAGGAUGCUCCAGGGAGGGGACAGAACCCCAUACAACUCCAUCCCCACUUUGCGAACGGUCUGCCUUUCAACGUCUUGCUCCCACCUCACCGGAACGGCAACUUUUGGGCCAAAACCUUCAGAAACAACAAUCGGUAUUUCAAAGACAAGAACGUGGCCGGUUGCAUCAGACUCAUCGAAGCCUGCAAGACUGUCCAGAGCGUGGUUGACCUCAUGCACGGUGGCGAGACCAGAUAUUUCGCCUGGAACUUCAAGAACUUGGACGCGGAUCUUCCGGGAACCGGCAAAACUAUAGAGUGGCGGCAGCCGGCAGCCAUGCAUACCUCUCAGGGAUGCAUUUCCUGGAUCGAAUUAGUUAUCGCCUUCGUCCAGGCAGCUCGAAGACCCGAUCUAGACUGCAGGCGCUACGCAGGGACUGUUGAAGGCCUCAAGGACUUCGCGUGGAUGGGUGUGGUUGUUGACGCGAGUGACGCGCGCUACAUGGACUCCAUUUUCAACGAAAAGACCGGUGCAGCGGACCUGAUCGAGGCAACACCGCCACCUGAUGCUGAGCUUGACGCGAAGGUCAAGGAGGACCAGAGGAAGAAUCUCAUGUUGAUGAGGUUGAGCCAACGGAUCGAAGCCGAGGCCAAGGCUGCUGAGAAGGCUGCUGAGAAGGCUGCCGCCGCGAAGAAAGCUGCUCAAGACGCUGCUGCUGCAGCAAAUGGAGGCCGCAAGUGA